GGGGUCCCGGGGGAGGAGCUCGGCCCCUCUUGCUGGUGUAGGUCCCAACCAGCUCAGAAGGCCCUCAGGUUGUCUGGGCAACGAGAGGGCAGGAAGCGGCUGGAGCAGCUGGAACUUGUCCCUGGGCCCGCAGGUGCCCAGGGACACAGCCGCCUGCCCUGGGAUUGCUUCUCCCUCCUCCCAUGAGCCCUCUGUCCCCCAGGUCUACAUCCGCUAUGCCCCCCACCCACAUGCCCCUGGCCCUGGGCUCCGUGCUGCUGCUGCUGCUACAGCUGCUGUCCCCCACAUCUGCCUUCUUCCCCAACAUCUGGAGCCUCCUGGCCGCCCCUGGCUCUGUCACCCACCAGGACCUGACGGAGACGGCGGCUCUCAAUGUCACUCUGCAGCUCUUCCUGGAGCGGCCACCCCCGGGCCGGCCCCCCCUGCGUCUUGAGGACUUCCUGGGCCGCACCCUCCUGGCCGAUGACCUCUUUGCCUCCUACUUCGGACCUGGGUCCCCUUCCCGGCGGUUCCGAGCAGCCUUAGGCGAGGUGUCUCGUGCCAAUGCAGCCCAGGACUUCCUGCCAACUUCCAGGAACGACCCUGACUGGCACUUCGAUGCCGAGCGGCUGGGCCAGGGGCGCACACGCCUGGUGGGGGCUCUGCGGGAGGCCCUGGGGGCGGCCCAAGCCGGCGACCACGCCCUGGCCCGGCAGCGCCUCGGGGCAGCCCUCCAUGCCUUGCAGGACUUCUACAGUCACAGCAACUGGGUGGAGCUGGGGCAGCAGCGGCCACACCCGCACCUCCUCUGGCCACGGCAGGAGCUGGGGAGCCUGGCACAAGUGGGAGAUCCUACCUGCGCCGGCUGUGAGGAGCUGAGCUGCCCUGGGAACCUGCUGGGUUUCCCACGCCUCACCUCUGGCUACUUCGGAACUUAUCCCUCCAAGCCUCCAGGAAAGUGCAGCCACGGGGGCCGUUUCGACCAGAGCAGCUCUCAGCCACCCCGGGGAGGCAUCAACAAGGACAGCACAGCCCCGGGCUUCUCCCCACACCACACGCUCCACCUCCAGGCUGCGGAGCUGGCCCUUCUGGCUUCCACCCAGGCCUUAGGGCUCCUGCGGAGCCGCCUGGGGGACCGCGGCUUCUCCAGGCUGCUGGACAUCACCCCUGCCUCCAGCCUGAGCUUUGUGCUGGACACCACGGGCAGCAUGGGCGAGGAGAUCACCGCCGCCAAGAUCCAGGCUCGCCACAUUGCGGAGCAGCGGCGGGGCGGCCCCAUGGAGCCUGCCCACUACGUGCUGGUGCCUUUCCAUGACCCAGGGUUUGGCCCUGUCUUUACCACCAGUGACCCUGACAGCUUCUGGCAGCAGCUCAAUGAGAUCCAGGCCGUGGGAGGCGGAGACGAGCCUGAGAUGAGCCUGUCAGCCCUGGAGCUGGCCCUGCUGCACACCCCUCCACUCUCAGACAUCUUUGUCUUCACGGACGCCUCCCCCAAGGAUGCCUUUCUCACCCACCGCGUGGAAGCCCUGGCUCAGGAGCGACGCUGCAGAGUAACAUUCCUGGUGACUGAAGACCCGUCGCGGGGUCAGCGCCGCGUCCGGCGUGAGGUCUUGUCCCCGCUGCGCUUCGAGCCUUAUGAAGUGGUGGCCCUGGCCUCUGGAGGCGAGGUGAUCUUCACCCAAGAUCAGCACAUUCGCGACGUGGCAGCUGUUGUUGGGGACAGCACGGCCGACCUGGUGGUCCUGCCCCUGGAACCCCCUGUGGUGGUGCCUGGGAGGCCGCUGGUGUUCACUGUGGAUGGGCUGCUCCGGAGGGUGACGGUCCGGAUCCACGGGGAGGUCCGCAGCUUCUGGAUCAGGAACCCUGCAGGGGUCUCCCAGGGCCAGGAGGAAGGCCAGGGCUCUCUCGGCCACACUCGCCGCUUUGGGCAGUUCUGGAUGGUGAGCUUGAAUGACCCCCCACGGACAGGGACCUGGGAGAUCCAGGUCACAGCUGAGGGCAACACCCGGGUGAGAGUGCAAGCUCAGACGGCGCUGGACUUCCUCUUCCACUUUGGGAUCCCCGUGGAGGACGGCCCCCACCCCGGCCUCUACCCCUUGACCCAGCCAGUUGCAGGUCUCCGGACCCAGCUGCUGGUUGAGGUGACAGGGCUGCGCCCCGCUUCUGGAGGUGAGCCCCGGGCAGGGCGCAGCGGGCCCAGGGAGCGCGGCUCCUCGCUGACCCGCCCUCCUCCGCAGCUCAGUGGCCCGGCGGGGUUCCUGGCCCCGGGCAGCAAGGCCCCCCUCAGCCUUCGCGUCGCCAGCUUCUCGGGGCCUCGGGAUCUCGACCUCAGGACGUGGGUCAACUCCAGCUUCGCGCUCACCUCCAACCUCUCCAGGGUUCGCCUGGAGCACAAUGAGUCCGCCUGGGGGCGCCUGUGGCUGGCGGUCCCGGAGUCGGCUGCCCCGGACUCCGUGGUGACGGUGACUGUGGCUGCGAUGGGUCGAGAAGCCAGACCAGUGCCCCCGACCCACGCCUUCCUCCGGCUCCUGGUGCUGGCCCCGCACCCACAGGACCAGCUCGCUGUCCCUGCCCACUCGUCUGGCCCGGUCCUCACCAUGGCCAGCUCCACCCUUCCUCCCUCCCCUUUGGUGACUCAGGGCAGGGCGGGGGGCGGGCUGGCAGGCAACCCCCGGUGGGGCACAGUCGCCGGGGUGCUGCUCCUUCUAGGCCUGGCCUCCUGGUGACAGCAGCCCCUCAAGGAUGGGUCUCCAGCGCUCUUUCCAAUCCCUCCCGGUGGGUGAGCGAUGGCGUGGGCCUCGGGACCCUACUCUCCCAGCGGGGCUGGAGGUUUUCCUUCUCAUGCACUUGUCUCUUCUCUUAGCAAGAUUGGGAUAAAGGGUAAUCGAUUUUCCCACAGUGCACUUUCCCUAACCCUCGUGGGAAGCAAACCUAAGACUGGGGUAGGAGGGUACUAGAAAGUGUUAUUUAUAGAAUUGCUUGUAUUUGAAAUUCUGGAGAAACUUUUAUUUUUGUAUUUAAAUUUGAAGGACAGUUUCAAUAAACAUGUCUUCUCCCCAGAGGGAUUUCAAAGAUCGUGUAUGCACAGCAAAUAGGAGCGUGAGGGCAUGGAGCGCAGGAAGGCGAAAUGGAGGCUUUCAGGAGCAGAGAAGGCGCUUCACGCCUGAUGUGUGGACUGCAGUUGGCCCACCACCUGGAGCUCCUUCGCUGUGGAGUCAAGAGGCAGAAUAGGAGGUUCUCUCCCAACUGGGGACUGAGGGGAGGCCUUAGACACCGGUAGGGCCCCUCCACCCCUGGGGAAGCCUGGCUGCGCCAUCUCCUCUUCGGCUGCAUUGACAGCCCCUAGAGAGAGGAGUUCUGGGCAUCUGUGCUCGGCCCUCCUCCCCUGUGCCCCCCCCACCCCCGUUUACCUGCCGCUGCCACAGCCCUGCUUCCUUGGCCUUCCCUUCCUGCCCUGGAUGGCACCGGAACUGGCAUGUUCAAAGACGUGGGGCGAAUGCGGGGAUAUUCGCUGUUCUCCGUUAAACCAGUGUCGACCCCAAAUCUCUCUACCCCAACCUCUCAAAAGCCUCAACUGAGAACAAUAAACACCUUCCCCGGAGUCGGAGUCUCAAA